AUGCAGUAUGAAAAACCACCAAGUGUGCCACCACCCGAACCGGAACCGGAGCCGGAAAAUUUGCACGAAAAAUACAUCGACUAUUGCUUUGAGCGUAUUCGCCAGGUACGAUUAGUGAAGCAAGUAAUCGUGAUGAACGAGUGUGGCCAUCCAGUAAGGAGCACGAUCGAGAACACGGAGGAAGCGAUCACCACUGCUGGGCUGUACGCUAGCUUGAAGGAUAAAGCAUGCUAUUACCUGAAAACAAUUGAUGCAAAUGAUGAUUUUCUUAUGUUGCGUAUCAAAACACGUAACAAUGAGGCUAUAAUUAGCACCGAUCCCGAUCAUGGUCUGCUCUACAUCACUGUUCAGGUCCCGGAAUGA